CGGGCCACCGGCCUCCCCGGAUCCAGCGCGGCUAUAAAUGGCGGCCCCCGAGCAUUCCCGAGACCCCGUGCCACACAUCCGUCCGCUUCUUCUCCCCUCCUGCCGGUCCCGAAUAAAGAGCAGCAGCGCAAGAGGUUGGUGGAGUAAUUUACCCCAGAACAAUUAGGCAGCAGCAAUGGCGGCGGAGAGCUUCCUCUUCACCUCCGAGUCCGUGAACGAGGGGCACCCCGACAAGCUGUGCGACCAGGUGUCGGACGCCGUCCUGGACGCGUGCCUGGCGCAGGACCCCGACAGCAAGGUGGCCUGCGAGACCUGCACCAAGACAAACAUGGUGAUGGUGUUCGGCGAGAUCACCACCAAGGCCACCGUCGACUACGAGAAGAUCGUGCGCGACACCUGCCGCGAGAUCGGCUUCACCUCCGACGACGUGGGCCUCGACGCCGACCGCUGCAAGGUGCUCGUCAACAUCGAACAGCAGUCCCCCGACAUCGCGCAGGGCGUGCACGGCCACUUCACCAAGCGCCCCGAGGAGAUCGGCGCCGGCGACCAGGGCCACAUGUUCGGCUACGCCACCGACGAGACCCCCGAGCUGAUGCCGCUCAGCCACGUGCUCGCCACCAAGCUCGGCGCGCGCCUCACCGAGGUCCGCAAGAACGGCACCUGCGCCUGGCUCAGGCCCGACGGCAAGACCCAGGUCACCGUCGAGUACCUCAACGAGGGCGGCGCCAUGGUCCCCGUCCGCGUCCACACCGUCCUCAUCUCCACCCAGCACGACGAGACCGUCACCAACGACGAGAUCGCCGCCGACCUCAAGGAGCACGUCAUCAAGCCCGUCAUCCCGGAGAAGUACCUCGACGAGAAGACCAUCUUCCACCUCAACCCGUCGGGCCGCUUCGUCAUCGGAGGCCCCCACGGCGACGCGGGGCUCACCGGCCGCAAGAUCAUCAUUGACACCUACGGCGGCUGGGGCGCCCACGGUGGCGGCGCCUUCUCCGGCAAGGACCCCACCAAGGUCGACCGCAGCGGUGCCUACAUCGCCAGGCAGGCGGCCAAGAGCAUCGUGGCCAGCGGCCUCGCCCGCCGCUGCCUCGUGCAGGUGUCCUACGCCAUCGGCGUGCCCGAGCCCCUGUCGGUGUUCGUCGACUCGUACGGCACCGGCACGAUCCCCGACAAGGAGAUUCUCAAGAUCGUCAAGGAGAACUUCGACUUCAGGCCCGGGAUGAUCACCAUCAACCUCGACCUCAAGAAGGGCGGCAACAGGUUCAUCAAGACCGCCGCCUAUGGCCACUUCGGGCGUGACGACGCCGACUUCACCUGGGAGGUGGUGAAGCCCCUCAAGUUCGAAAAGGCAUCAGCUUAGAGAUCGAAGAGGACGUUGAGUGUCUUGUCUCCGUGCUAUCAUCUACUACCUCUUGCUGCUGAUGUUACCUGCAAGCAUUGCUGCUGCUGCUGCUGCUCCUGCUCCUGGAUGUGUGUCUGAUCAGUGACUGGCUGCUUCCUUAGAAGAAGAUGCAGAGAAGAUGAACAAGAAGGCUUCGGCAAUCGCCGCAGCAAGCCAUGUCGCCGGUGGCGGCUUAGUGAUUGGGUAAAAUUUGGUGUGGCAGCCAGGAUUACGCGCUGAUCUUACCUUGACUAGUUUGGUCGUCCGGUAUCUUUUUUUCGUCCUUUCUCCCCGCCCCUUUUCGAGUCGUACUGAAACUGCUGAGAGAUUUGCAGUUUUGAUCUAUCAUAAUUCGUAUGUUACUGUAUUU